AUGCUCUUCUUCAGUUUUUUCAAGACGCUCACGAAUCACACGGUCACCAUUGAGCUUAAGAACGAUAUCCGUAUCCGUGGCACUCUCAAAAGUGUCGACCAAUACCUUAAUAUAAAGCUGGAUGAUAUUGAGGUUCUAGACCUAGACCAAUAUCCGCAUCUCUCGAGCGUGAAGAAUAUAUUUGUCAGAGGCAGUGUUGUCCGCUAUGUUGUUUUGCCGCAGGCAGAGGUAGAUCGGGGUUUACUGGAAGAUGCUACAAGGAGAGGUUUGUAA